GUCCUUUUUAAUGUCAAAGGCCUGAUGUUCCACAGUGUUUUAAUCAAGGACACAAAUUUAAUUUCAUUUCAUUUCAUUUCAUUUUACUUCAUUAUUCAUUUAACUUAAUUUCCUUGAAAUUUCAUUUACAUUCCAGGUGUGUUCCAGGCUUGUUCCAGCCAUGUUCCAGGUCCACGUGUGUUUCAACAAGCCUAGAAACAUGUUCCAGGUGGUUUCCAAAUGCGUUUCAGGUUUGUUCAAGAACUGAAUGUUAUUUUAGUCAGCAAGCGCCUGGAUUUUUCAUCGUGAUGUACGGCAGCUAAAGCAGUUAUUCUAAUAUAUACACUCUGCUUUCUACAGAAAUAAAAAGGGUUAUAAGCUCCAAACAACAAUUAUAUUUCAUCUGGCAUUUUACAGUGAAAGUCUCAGCCUGUUGUAUCUGCGGAGCAUUUUCUUGAAAAGUUUUCAACUCCUUUGAACAGGAAAGCAGAAGGAAGGAUGACUUCUCACAACAUGACAUGGAUCAGCUACCCAAGUAAGAACCCGGCUUUCACCACCCCAGAAGAAAUCCAAGACAUCAUAGCUUCUCAAAACAUCAUAUCCAGACUUAUGCACUGCUACAUCGCCCUUUUUGUGCCCACAGGAUUAGUAGCUGGCAUAUGUAUUUUGAUUGUUUUCAUAAAAAAUUAUGUGCAGCACAAAGUCAUGGAAAACUUGGACUUGCUUCUUCUACUCUUCACCAUCAGCACUAUUAUAAUGAUUUUUUUAUCGUUCACUGUCAUUACUAGACCUGACUAUUUAACAGCAACCCAGCUCACCUGUAACGUACUGUCAUUUUUUUUCAACUUCAGUUACUUCAACUCUCAGUAUGUUUUCAUUUUGACGCUUCUCAUACUGUUACUCAAGAGGUUUCCACCACGGACUGCUCUGUGCAAAGCCACCCAAAGACCCAUCCUGUGCGCUGGAAUUGUGCUCACAUACACCUUCUGUUUGUCCCUGACUGAGGCAGUGCUGGUUGGCACUGACAACUAUCACCUGGAAACAGACUGCCAGUUAGAUCCACUGUUUGCACGGCCUGAAUACGAGAUCAUUAAAUUCACAUUUGGGUUUGGAAUCCCCUUGUUUCUUCAGAUGCUCUGUUUUACUGUUCUCGUGGCUAAAGCAGCACCUGCUGAAGCUCCAGCCCUACAACAGCACAUCCGCACUUACCCCGCCGUGUACGUGAUCAGCGUAACAACGUUCACGUGCCGCCUGUUUUACAACCUCAUGCUUCUCUUCAGGACAUCACUGAAAUUACAGAAGAGCACGGGAACCACGAAGAACGAGCUUGUGAUGAAUAUUGCAGAAAUAGUGUUGUUCUGUGAGAGCUGUGCUAGCUUGGUAUUUAUACUUUGUUUUCACAAGCCGUGCAAGGCUGAAAUACUCAACGUCAUGCAGAACUGCCGAAGGAAAACCAGUGCCAACAAUCACCUCGAAAUACCAGAAACAAACGCGCCCCACGAAAGCGGGUGUCAGUAGUACUGUUCUGAACAGCUGUCAAGCCACUUUACUUUUCAGCUUGUUUGUGGGUUUUGGUUUGGUUUUUCACUUCUUUAAAAAAGGGUGAUUGUUCCUUCUUUAGAAGCCAAACUUGGCCUAUCUUACAGCUAGCAGUACUGGAAAAAAAAGAGGUCUUUAAUUCUAGUAUUUAUAGUGAUCUUUGAGAGAACAUGUAGGGUCUGGGGUUGUUUGGGGUUUUUUUAAUGUAUAUAUACACAUAUAUAUUAAAAUGGUCUAUUUUCUGCAAGUGUUACUUCAAAGCCAAGUAGGAAGAUGGGUACUGCUGCCAUAGAGCUGUGCUUCUGCAAUAAUAUCAAUGCCCCAGCAGAGCUGCAAACAAAACCAUGGCAGAAAGCAACUCUGAACAAAAGUAAAAAUCCUCAGCCAAAGCAUUCUCUCAGGUAUGCUUCCUCUUUUGACUUCUUAAACUACAAACUAUUUUUGUAACACUGGUAAAUCCAAGUAGCAGCAGUGGUAAAGUUUUUGUCUGACUUCUUGUGCCAAAAAAAAAAAAGAAAAAAUAAAAGAAAAAAAAAUCAAAUUAAUGGAAACACUGGUCCAUAAAGGAAAGCUUCAGGUCCUUUGUGAGGCACUGAACUGAAAAGAUCAACAGGAUGGCUAAUUAAAACUCUGUGCAAGAAUGAAAGCUUUUUGUUAAUGUCCUCUCAGCUUCCACUCUGCAUUUAGACUUAGGGAAAUUAUUGAUUUAAGCCAUUCCUGAUGAGUUCAUUCAGAAGGGUGAAGUCGCAUGCGUUGGAAGAGUCACAUUCAAAAACACACUAAAUAAAAACCAGAGAAAUGCCAGUCCAGAACAGUGUAACUGAGGUGUGUUUUUAAGAGGGCAAACAAAAGCAGAGCCCCAUUUCCUAAAUGAAAUCAAAGCUCUGCUGGAGAAAAGACGGAAGCGUUGUAGGUGUAGAUGAGAGUGGAUGGGUCAAUGGUGCAAGAAGGGGAAAGAAUCUGAAUCAGAAUUAAACAGCUGUGGUACAGGAGGUGAGAUGUGGCCGUGCAGAAUUAGUAGCUAAUGCAGCUGAAAUGUAAGUGCAAAGCUCGCACUGAGCACAUUGUUACUGUCACCAAAACUGGCCAGGAGCCACCUUACACAUUUGGCUUUGGUUUCAGCUUUUCCUCUCAUAGAGGUGGAGAGAACGGAAACAGGAAAAGCACAAAAUUGUACUAGAUCUUGGAUAAUGAUGUCAGCUGAGAUCACAGAGUUAUAAAAAUACAGUGCUGUGAUGAGGACGGCUCAAGCAACCUGAAGAGUUUUGAGAAAACUCAUUUUUAUGCUUUAAUCUGUUCCUUUGUGUGACACUCAGGUGCUAAGGGAACUGACAGGUUUUUUUGCAGUUGUAUCCUUUGAAAGGUCUUCCUGAGGGGGUCCAGAUUUGCGUGGGGAGCUGGUGCAGAUCAGCACGAGCUGCCUAAGAGAGAAAAGCAGGAACUGAUCGACUGAACAUCUUCCACAAAACUACAGCCAAAUGCAGAAAUGGAAGAAUAAAGGACAUUUGUUCAAUAAUAAUACAGAAUAUAGAUUUAGUAUCUAGAGAUACAGAUCUAGUCUUAGUCACCCAAGUCCUGAAAUGUGUAGACCAUGACUAUAUCACAUGCAAAUAAAGGGCAACAUGAAGUUUCACUAUGUCUGUAAGGACCAACAUUUCUGCAAGAUGUAAAAGUCAACUGGUAAGAUGUCUGCAUUGCAUUGUGUCAGUCUGUUUUCCUGUUCAAUUUUGCUCUGCUGCCAGCAUGAACAGAUGGAUAAUUAAAAAACUCUACAUAUAAACAGAUCAUUAUAGAACGUGGUCAGAAAGGAAGUACGUAGAUAAGAAUCAUCUCUUGGAAUACAAGAGCCAAUUCCAUACUUGUGAAAGGAAUUCUCUGAUGGCAUCAGAGGUUUUGCUUUGCACCUGAGAAGAGGGAAAUUAAACAACAUGGACCAAAGAUCAGCCCUACGGAAAGAAGUUUGAAGAGAUGAGUUGUAACAGCUGUACAUCAGUGGAAAAGCUGAACAGACUGAGUGAAGGAGCAUGUCAGGAGAUGCAAGCUGUUUAUCCCUCAGAGUGUCAUAGUUUCAGUUGUGCUGUGGAUCAGAGGUCUAUUUUCUAGCAUUGGAAUUAUGGACAAAUAAUUCUACUUUACUUACAGCUUCUAUAUCUUUUAUAUUUGAGGAUGAAAGAAUAAAUACUGUAUUGUUUCUGAGUCCUGAGUUACUGUGAAAGGUGCCUAAAAGAAAACCUGGUCAGUAACUGGCUGGGACCUGGAAAGUGGUCUAAAGGUGGCAUCUACUGCAGCUCUGCACACCUAAAGGCAAGUUUUUACCGAGACAACAGUGGGAGUUGGAACAUCCUUGAUGUGUGUACCCAGCAAGGACCAGCCUGCUGCUGUCUGGAGGAAAAUCAGCUCUGGAGAAAUGGAAUUAAGGUCCAAGGAUGUUCCUUGAUUAUUAAAAGAAAACAAAUGGAGCUAAAAUUCUACUGCCUUCCAACUUGCAUGAAGAAACACUGUUGAUGAAAACUUUUAUAUAAAGAGAUACAAGUACCAUCAUGGUAAAAAGAUUCCUACAUGAUCUUAAGGCACACAAGAACUGUAAAUUCUCUCAUUUACAAUGUAUAUAGCAUCCUGUAAAACAAAUUAAGACAUUUACUAUUUGUAGUGUUAUAUUUUGGUCAGUUUUAAGUCUAAUUAAUCUGACUUCUAAAGAAUUUUAAUUUUCCAUACAAAACUGCAUCUUUUUCAACUCUAAUCAAAAAUGCUUACUAGAAGUUUAGUUGAAAACAACCAAAAAUCUGAUUUUUCGGUACUGACACCAAACUGUCAUUGCUAAUAUCUUUCCUAUAGACAUUUUAACCAUGGAAACUUAUUCUGCCUCAAUAUCACCUGUUAUAUGUAACAGCACAGCUUUUAACCUGAAUGGAUCCCAUUUGUGUAAUGAAAGCUUAUCCUCUAGAUUAGCAGAUAAAUCGGAACACCAACAAUAUGUUAUUGGUCUUUUCUUAUCAUGUCUUUACACAAUAUUUCUUUUUCCCAUCGGUUUCGUAGGAAACAUUCUGAUACUGGUUGUCAACAUAAGCUUUAGGGAAAAAAUGACUAUCCCAGACCUUUACUUCAUAAACCUGGCGGUGGCCGACCUCAUUCUAGUCGCCGAUUCUCUCAUUGAGGUGUUUAACCUUGACGAAAAGUAUUACGACAUCACUAUCAUUUGCACCUUUAUGUCUUUGUUCCUUCAGAUCAACAUGUAUAGCAGCAUUUUCUUUCUGACAUGGAUGAGUUUUGACAGAUACCUAGCCCUGGCAAAAGUAAUGAGGUCCAACAUAUUCCGCACUAUGCAGCACGCUAGACUGAGCUGUGGGCUCAUAUGGAUGGCGUCCAUUUCUGCAGCUCUGGUCCCGUUCACAGCUGUGCACUUGCAGCACACCGGAGAGGUCUAUUUUUGUUUUGCAGAUGUAAAAGAAAUCCAGUGGUUAGAAAUAACCUUGGGGUUCAUUAUCCCCUUUGUGAUCAUCGGUCUCUGUUACUCGUUAAUUGUCCGAGUCCUUAUCAAAGCACACAAGCACAGGAGUCUUCGUCUGCGGCGGCAAAAGGCUCUUCGCAUGAUUUUUGUUGUGGUCUUGGUUUUCUUUAUCUGCUGGUUACCUGAAAACGUCUUCAUUAGCGUCCAACUUCUGCAGAAGAAAAACGAGCCCGUCUCUUCCAACAGCCCAUCCUUCAGACACGAUUAUCCUUUAACAGGACACAUUGUGAACCUGGCAGCUUUUUCUAACAGCUGUCUGAACCCCUUAAUUUACAGUUUUCUAGGGGAAACCUUCAGAGACAAACUGCGACUGUACAUUGAACAGAAAACAAAAAUGUCAACGUUACAUCGCUUCUGUCAGGCUGCCUUAACGUCUGUCAUCCCUGACAGUAAUGAGCAAUCAGAAGUCUGAUUUAGUAGUCAUUGUAUGAAACAUACGACUGUGGAGUUGUGCAAAUAGUGAACAAAAUGCUUGCUACUAACAGAAAAAAGUGCAUUUGUGAAUAUAUAUAUAGUGUAUCGCUCUACUGAGUAUUGAAGGUUUAUAUUCAAAAUGUUUUUAUGACAAGACUUUGAUGUAGAAGAAUAUGUUUUAGCCAGAUUUAUAUUUAAUUAAGAACAGGAUUAUUAAAAUCUGAGCACUGAAGAAGCUUUAUUUUGUAUUAUACGUGUAUGAAUGACAAUAGAGGGGAAAAUUUUAUCAAGUUAGGAAGACUCUAGAUGUAAUCUGAUUAUCAGAGAUGCUACUUUGCUGGUGUAUAUAACUUCCACUGAAAUAAUGAAGCUGCCCUAACAGUGGGGAAAAAUCAUUACAACAUAUUGACGUGGAGAUGCAGAAAACAUUGAUUUUUUUCAUCCAAACAUGUUAAGAUAAAUGACUUUGCUUAGAACUACAUACUACUAUCGUCACUGUAUUCCAGCAUGUCUUCCAUGAUUAAGUUUUUUUUUAAUCUUAAUACAAUCAAGCACAGUGGUGAGUUUUUGUCUCCUAAAUAUAAACUGCUGUUUAGGUGUUUAUGUGAUCAAAACCAAAAUCAUAUGUAACUAUACUGCUCAUCUCAAAGAACUUCACAUAAGCAAAAUGUAGUGUUUCAUUCUGUCUUUUAAAGGUUGACCCAGACCAUCUCUCACAGGACAGGGAUAAUUGUGCCUGUUCUUAAAAAUGCCAGUGCACAUACAUGUACAUUCACAUCUGCCUUCAGAUUUGAAUGCAUGUUUCAUCUCUUUACAUUCAAAAGGUCUAUUUUGACUGCCAGGACAAAAUGCUGUGAGUUUUAAGGAGGCAUCACUUGCUGCAAGAGGGUGUAAAUAGUGCUUGUGAAAAUAACAGAAGCCUCUAUUUUUAGGAAGGAAGAACUUAUGUAAUCGGGAGUGUGAUUGGCAAUUACCAGAUCUGCACCUUGUGCACUGUCCUUCCCACCUCCAGAGAGCAUUGGCCUUUCAGGGUUUUAAGAUGUAUGUAGGUUGCUUUGCUCAUUUGAAGAUUAAUUAUACUAAGCAAACAAAUUACAGCACCACUUACUGGAAAACAAUACUGUCUCUUUUCUUCUAGGAAAUAAUUGGGUUUUAAAUCUGAUUGAUGUUUAGCACAGGUUACUGCUGAACUUGUUCAGAGGAAGCUAUAAAGUUCCUGGAGAUUAGUGUGCAAGAUCAUUAAAACAUCACUUGCUGCAUCUCUGAAAUGAACAAACCCAUUUCACCUCUGUGCUUAUCGACUGAAGCACCAGAACUCUGCAGAACAAGAUGCUUUGUCCUAUUUUUAAAUGUCACACGUGAAUUAAUUAGCACAAUAACAGAUUUUAAAGCAUAAACGUAGAUCCUUAAAACAACGACUAAAGCUAAUAAAGCAAUAAAGAAAACAGUGAAAACAA